AAUUUAUGCGGUGUACAAAAACGCUCGACGUAUACGCCUUGCGUAUGAGAACGCGUUCAGAAGUCCAUCGUGUGGGAUGCGGAAUAAAGUCUCAAAGAAACCGUUUUGAAUAAAAAGCUUCAGGAAAUACCGAAGAACAGAGGAAAGUGUUUGCUUCUGGGAAGAAUUUUUCCGAGAUUGUUCGGAAAAAAGUGCUUAAUGGAACUUAAAAAACUCCUAAAACAAAUUCUUUUAGCAUAGACUUGGACAGUUUUAAGUGGUGUUUAUAUCUUGUGAGAAAAUAAAGUGUGAAACAACCAUGCUAAUGAAAGUAAAGCAUUGCCUAAAGUGGAUUAUAAUGAACUAAUUGCAAAUGAAACUAUCUUAAACUUGAAAUUCUCAUGGUGGAUAAUCAUGAGCAAAGUUCUAGCAACAAACUACGAGACUAUUUGAACCUACAACUGAAGUUCAAAGUUCUUAAAGUUAAUGAUAAAGAGCUGAAAGAUUUGUCAACAACAAUUUUCAGUCCACAUCCAAAACUGAAGUUUAAAUUUCAUUCAGUAAAGAAAACGGUAUCCAAUAAAAUACGAUCCACAACUACAACGAAAUAAAGGCGCUCAAAGUUCUUCCACUAAAAGACAAUGAGCAAUGUGGUUCUAACCACAAAUCCCGAAAAGUUUCCGACAUAAAAACCCUCCGAAACCCCUUAAAAAGUCCUGCAAAAAACCUUCCAAAAAUUCCCUCAAAAUGACAACUAUCGCCACCUGUUUGUGGUUUUGCUCAUUAUUACUCCUGAUGAGUCCAAUUUCAACAUCAAACAGUCGACGCACACGACGACAGAAUCGCUCCGAUCAACUCCUAGCGGAUAUAGGAGUCCAUGCGCAGAGCUACGAUCCCAGAAAACUUGAAAACGGUCUACAACAAUACACAAACUUUGACAGGGAUUUACGACAAUUAUUCCUGGGCACACGACGCGUAAUGUUAAAUUUUGCACUACGAAAUAUUGAAGAUUUAAAGAAUCGAAACAUGCGAGAGGGCAAGAUACAGCUGCCUAUCUCCAAGAGGAAACCAUUUCCGUGUCCCAUGAACAAUACGAGAUCGGAGAAAACACCCACCUCCGUGGAGAAGUUACGCCCUGGAGAUAUCGAUAUUAUAGCGGCUUUUGGGGACUCACUAUCGGCGGGUAAUGGCAUACUAUCGAAUAAUGCCAUGGAUAUGAUCAAUGAAUUUCGAGCAUUGAGUUUUUCCGGUGGGGGACUGGAAAACUGGCGUAGGUAUCUGACGCUGCCGAAUAUUCUAAAGAUAUUUAAUCCGAAAUUGUAUGGCUUUUCGGUGACCAAUAGUCUGGUGGUUAAUCAUCGCAAUUCACGUUUCAACAUUGCCGAGCCGAUGAUCAUGUCGAGGGAUUUGCCAUUUCAGGCCAGAGUUCUCAUCGAACUGCUGCGUCGUGAUCCGCAUGUGGACAUGAAGCGACACUGGAAGCUGCUGACAGUUUAUGUAGGCAAUAAUGACAUUUGCUCGGAUCUGUGCCACUGGGAUGAACCGCAGGCGUUGCUCGACCAACAUGCCAGCGAUCUGAGGCAGGCCUUUCGACUGCUCCGUGAUAAUGUGCCACGUUUGCUCAUCAAUUUGAUUGUCGUGCCGAAUAUUUUGCUCACUCUGACGACCAUGAAGGAGAUACCCUUUCAGUGCUUUGUGGUGCAUCGUGUCGGUUGUCACUGUCUGAUGAACGAUCGUUUGAAUCGCACGCAGCGGAGUCAACGCAUGGAUACCCUGCGACGCUGGCAACAGGUGGAUCUGGAUGUGGCACGUCUGCCCGAGUUUCAUCGGGAAGACUUUGCCAUUGUGGCGCAUCCGAUGCUUGCAAAUAUGACGGCACCCCGACUGCAGAAUGGUCUCACCGACUGGCGUUUCUUUUCGCACGAUUGCUUUCAUUUCAGUCAGCGUGGACAUGCCAUCGUCUCGAAUAUGCUGUGGAACAGCAUGCUGCUCCCAGAUGAUCGCAAACCGCGUCCCUUCACCAUUCCAGGGCUAUUCGAGAGCAUUGUCUGUCCCAGCGAAGAGCAGCCCUACUUUGUGGUGAGACCGGGAUAGGGUCCGCUUCGCUCCUGCCCGAAGGUUACUGUGGGGUUUGGGUUACAUUGUGGGGACUACUGUAUCGAAGGUUAAAGCUGUGUCUGCGUGAUGUCUGAUAUAAGGUCACGUCUUAAGGUUUUAUUUGUAAGUUUUGUGAUUAUUAAAAAGCAAGAAAGGAA